GCCCCAGCCUUCAAUCCCCGAACCAAACUCGGGCGCUCCCGGUGCUAGCACUUCUGGUGCUGGUGGUAAGUCUCCUUUGACAAUUCAAUAUGUCCCUUCAGUUGAUGAAUAUACCAGUCGUAGGCCCAUAGGGUUCGACGAGCGUCUCCGUAGGUUUAAGAUGCCGUCGACCCGGUGGGGGGAUCAUUUGAAGGAGUUUUAUUUUACAAACUUAGGAGAUUACCUAGGUCGGUCCCGGAUGGGCCCCGGCCCUCCGGAACCUAUUCCCUUAGGUCCGUCGGCUUACAUAGCAUCCAGCUGGUUUCGGCCCUCGGACAGUUAUCUUGGAGAUGAUGCUGCCAGCAUUAAAGUUCAGGACUUUGCUAGGGCCGAACUAGGGAGUCCGGGUAGGAGUAGUUUAUUUACUGCGCCUUUUGUAAGUAGUUUCUCACGGACUUCUAACACUUGCUUGCUUUAUUGGAACAGGUACCUCCAUGGAUGCCAUCCUGGAACGGCUGGCUGGGGUCCAUACUCCGGUGGCUCCUCCGGCUUUCACCCCCUCUCCCCCGGCCCCUUCCUUGAAGGUUUCUUCCGGCGCUCCUCCCGAAACCAUCGACUUGGUGGAUGACGAGGAGGUGCUUCCGGGAGAAGGCCAGGGGAAAGGAUGGGACUUCUCGGAGGAAGCCGCCGAGGGUGCUGGAGACCCUCAAGCUCUCCCAGUGGUAGCAGAGGAGGACGAGGAGUCAGAAGUGGCUCUGAUCCGCAAGCGCAAGGGCAAGAUGAUUGCCCAAGACGAGCCGAAGAGGCCUCGGAGGGCCGACACUCCCGCUCAUGGCCUAGACGGCGGGGUGUCUCCAAUGGAGGAAAAUCCUGCUCCUCCUCGCAUUGAGCUUACCCCGAUUCCGGGGGAUGAGGCGAGGCAGGAGCUUCGCAUAGCCAAGCACAACUACGCUAUGGACGAGUACUCCCGGGGAUAUGCCGAUGUGGAGGCCCUUAGGAGGAUCCUGCGGGCGGAGGUUGAGGCGAGCAUUAACCAUCCGGAAUAUCAUGAUCCGUGGAACCUCAACCUGGAUCCUUUGGCAGACUGGUUCCGUCCCCUCCUUGGGCCCACUCUGGCUCCUUUUGCUGCGGAAAUGACCGGUGAGUUCGCCUCUCAGCUUACACGCUGUGCGCCCAAGCGGUUUGCCACUUGUGCCUCUCUGAACUCUAUCUUCCAAGUCCAGGACCUCAGCCAUUCCCUCACAGUGCUUGCAGCUGAGGCCGGUCGCCUCUCCAAGAACAUCAUAAGCCAUGGCUUCGCUCUGUCCGACUUUGGGGACAUGAACGACGUCAAGAAGGUCCUUCAAGACCUUACUGCGGAGAGGCUGAUCUACCAGGAGGCCGCCGAGCGCCAGGAGGCUGCGGCCAAGGCUAAGGAAGAGAGGGCCAAGGCCAGGGAGGAGGAGGCUAUCCGGAGGGAGGCUCAGGCGGAGGACAUGAUCCAGGCCGAGGCCCAGCGGAGAGGCAGGAUGGAGGCCCAUCAUCAGGAGGAGCUGAGGGCUCAAACUGAGGCUGCCGAGAAGGCCAGGCGGGACCUUCGGGAGGCCAGGGAGGCUUUGGACGAAAUGGCCGCCAAGGUGAAGUCUCUAGAGGAGACUCACCAGUCGGAUAUUGAAUCCAAGGCCGCUCUGGCUGCGGAGUUGAAGGAGCUUCGGGACUACAAAGAUCAGUCUAUUAGGAAGGCCAAGAGGGCCGAGCUCCUUUCUCCCGUCUCCUGCGCCCGUUGCCCGAAGCGCUUUGAUGAUGGUGUCUACAUGGCUUGGGCCACCAACGAUCAGAGCAUCAAGCUUUCUUUCUAUCCCAAACCCGAGGACAUGAUUGCCAAAUUUCGGGAGAAGAAGAAGAGACUUGAUGCUGAGCUUGAGGCACGGAUCGGACCUCGUCUUCCGCCACGGGCUGACUGAGCUGCCCUAUUAUUGACCCAGAUUAUACCCGUUCUUUUCAUAACUCUUUUUUUUUCUUUGUACAUAUUUGCUGCUGCCUUAGAACAGUUUACUUACAGGCGGCAGCCUUUAUUUAAAGGGGAGACAAUUUAAGGCCUGUCCCCGGGCCAUUUAUAUGUGUAUGACCUAACCUUCGGGUUAGGAUAUUUUAUUAUAUAUAUAUUUUUUUUUAUAUAUAUAUGUGCGAUCUUUUUUCCACACUUCAUAUAUUUCAACCUGUCCUUUGGCUCAGGAUUUCAUACUUACGCCUUUUAUUCUUUGCGCAUGUUUAUGACCUGCCCUUUGGGUCAGGAUAUUUUACUUAGCUUGACCUGCCCUUCGGGUCAGGAUGUUUUACUUAGCUUGACCUGCCCUUUGGGUCAGGAUAUUUUACUUAGCUUAACCUGCCCUUUGGGUCAGGAUGUUUUACUUAGCUUGACCUGCCCUUUGGGUCAGGAUAUUUUACUUAGCUUGUUUUUGUUUGUCCGUGCGGUAUACCCUAGUACCCCCCUGAGUGGCAUAGAAACUUUGUUUUUAAGGCACUCAGUUUUAUUUAAUAUAGAGGAGGCAUACAUUUGGACGGUACAAACCCUUUAAACAAAAGCUAAGUUUA